UUUCACUUUCAGAGCUAGCUACUUUACACCAUGAAAUAAAGCAGGACGUUUUUAAUUAAUUUAUAGACAUAUGGAAAUACUAUCACUUUUUGUGUUUUAUCUGCUGGGAUGUGGUGUCCAUGCAGAGAGUCACUCCUUGCGAUAUUAUUUCAGCACAGUCUUAUCAUCAAUUCCUGAGGUCCCUAUAUUCUCUGUGGUUGGACACGUUGAUGACAUACAGUGUGUGAAAUACACCAGUGACGAACCUCGUGCUCUGCCUACUUAUAAAUGGAUGGAAACUGGUUUAGGAACUGAACAUUGGGAGGAGUUGACUAAUCUUGGACAUUACUUUUCAAACUCCCACAAACAUUUUGCACGUUUGAUAGCGAGUCUGCACAACCAGACAAUUGACGUCAAGGAUGUUCACACAUUCCAGGUGAAGUUCGCCUGUGAGUUGCAUGAAGAUGGCAGCAUUGAUGGUUAUCAAGAGUAUGGCUUUAACGGGAAGGAGUUUAUUGUCUUUGAUAAGGAUAGAUUGGUGUAUAUCCCUGUAACGCAAGAGGCUCAGUUCAUAACACAACGAUGGAACAGGAACCGUGCACUAGGUGCAAGAGAUAAAGCUUAUAUUGAAAAGGACUGCAUUAGAUGGAUAAAGCAAUUUUUCCACCACGGAAAUGAGGAGCUAUAUAAAAAAGUCCGCCCACAGGUGCAUAUUUCUGAACACAAAACCGAGGGCAUCACAAAGCUUCACUGCCAAGUCUUUGGGUUUUACCCGCGAAAUGUGGACGUGAAAUGGAUGAGAAAUGAAAGUGAUGAGGUUUAUACAGAUGAAGCAAAAACUAUCCUCCCCAACCCUGAUGGGACAUAUCAGCUCAAGGUGACUGUGGAUGUGACACCUGAGGACGGGGACAAUUACUUCUGUCAUGUGGAUCACAGCAGCCUUGAGAACAUCAUGAUCAUACAAUGGGAACCUGGGAGGAGCAAAUCACCUAUCUCCUGGAUUAUUGUUGUUGUUCCUGCUGCCCUUAUUCUUGCAGCUAUCUGUGCUGCAAUUGUUACAUUUAAAAAAAAAUCAGCUCAGCAUCAGAGAGUAAAUACUUUGGAACCAGGGUGAAUUUAUGGAAUUAUCAGCUGCUUUUACUGUUCAUGAUGAUUAUAUCAUAGGUUUCCAAAAAUGAGAAACAGCUUUUCAGCAUAUGUGUGUUGCCUGUAGUCACAAGGAUGAUUAAUAUUUAUAUGUAUUUAUUUAAAAUGUAUUCUUACUACACCAUAAAACCACAGCUAUCAAUAUCAUUUUUCUUUAGUUCCUCUUUUCCAUUAUUAUUAUAUAAUCAAAGUAGGAAAUAAAUUAAUUUUCAUUAUGGAACUUUACACAAAAAAAAAAAUAGUGAGCUGGGACUUUAACAGCUGUUCAUAUUGGAUUGAAUCUGCAAUAUUUUUAAUAACUUUGUUAAUACAAUUAUUAAAACAAAAUUCAUGAUAUUUGAA